AUGCUCUUCACCAAAACCCUCGCUUUCUCUUCACUCAUACUCUUGGCUGCUGCCCAAGGGGAUGCUGUCUUCAAAGGUCUGCCCGAAGACGGUCGGACGAGGACGCCAACCUCAACGAGCAAGCUCAUGUCGCGGCGCGAUCUGAACAAACGCUGCACAGGAACCUGUGAGGAAUGCUUCGGCGGUGGUUAUACCCUCUGUCCAGGGAGUGCGAUCUACUGCUACUUGCCUGGAGAUGAUACCUAUGGGUUGGAUUCGUGCGACCUCGACAGCUCUGAUGAUGGGUUGUUUACGACUAAUACUGCCACCGCACCGGCAUCGACCUCAACCAGCCUGAGCGGCCUUGACGAUAUCUGUUACCAGACCGGUGCGACUUGUGCGUCAUGCUUUGGCUCCAGUUAUCUCGAGUGCCCGGAUGGAUAUCACUGCUACGAUCCCUCGGAUCCUUUGUACGAUACCUGCCCGGAGGAGAGCACAAGCUCUGGUGGUGGCGGCAGCAGCAGCAGCACCUGCGCCGAAAUCUACGGAGAGGGAAAUAUCCCUUGCGGAUCUGAUUCAUGCUAUAACCCGGACGAUGGUGAAUCUUGCUGCGCGGGAGGAUGUAAGUUGCUGCUCUCGAGAUUGUCUUUGCCUUCAGGGGCCACUAACGUUGGGCCUCUACCAGACUACUGUGAAGAUGGAUACACCUGCUCUAGCACACUCGGAAAAUGCAGUUACGUUGGUAGCAGCUCGUCCUUUGGCACGACGACAUCCGACCUUGUCUUUACGACGACGCCUACCAGCGCCUUGUUCUCCAGCACUCGGAGCGCUAUUGCCACUACGACCAGCACCGACUCUUCGCUAGAAACCGGUGUCAGCCAAUUUUCCGAGUCCAACGGCGCAAGUGGUUUCGGGGCCGCUAAGGGUCUGUUGAUUGCUGCUGGUGUUGGUGUAUUGGUGCUGUAG